AUGCUGAAGUCGACUCAUCGGCCGCAGAACGUUGGCCAGAGUCCUCCGCCGCUGCCACCUGGUUGGACCGAGCAUAAAGCACCUACUGGCCACUCUUACUACUACAAUGCGGAGCUGAAGAAAUCAACCUAUACGCGCCCGACUGUCCAGACAGAAUCGACUCCUGCCGAACCCGCGUUUGGAAGUCCUUGGCAAUCCUACCCCCCUGGUAUCCCAGUGCAAGCUGGCUCUCCUUUUGGACCAUUCCAGCAGCAGUAUGGAGAUGGAUUUCACAGAGCGGAGCCUGCGAUUGGAUUCCAAUCAGGGUUCACAAGGCCGAGAGAUGGGCGCGGGCACCACGAUCGAGCGCGACAUCAGCCUCAAGAUCGACCGAAGUCGAAGCACGCCAUUCCAGACUGCAGCCCUUGGCUUCUCGUAAGGACGAAGUUGAAAAGAAGAUUUGUCUACAAUUCUGAAACGAACGAAAGCUAUUGGCGGAUUCCGGAGGAUGUAAUGAAAGGUGUAGUGGAGUUUGACAGGAUUGAGAGGGAGAAAAAAGAAGCCCGGGAAAGGGGUGAAGAUGUCAGUGAAACUUUGAAAGAUACCAAACAGACCGAAGUGGCACGGACAGAAGAGCAAGAUGGCUCGGAGGCAGCUGAAGACGUGGAAAGCGAUGAAUAUGAGGAAGUAGAGGUCACAGACGAAGAAGAUGAUCUGAACGAAAAUCCGACGAAACGACAGAAAACCGAGGAAGAACAAGUCGACCAACCAGUGGAUUUCAAUGAGGAUGACAUCGCAUAUCAGCUUGCAGCAAUGGGUCAGGAGUACGGGCUUGAUCCAGGCGAAUAUGGCGACGGAGAGGGUCAGGAAUGGGAAGAAGGCGCAGAAGGCCUGCCUCUCACAGAGGAGGAUUCUGCUGCCUUGUUCAAAGACUUGCUGAGCGAUCACAAUCUCAAUCCGUUUUCCACAUGGGACAAAAUUAUUGAUGAAGGAAGGAUCAUCGACGAUGAUCGCUAUACCGUGCUUCCAAAUAUGAAAGCUCGAAGAGCCGUGUGGGAUGAAUGGGCGCAGGAUAAGAUUCGCGAUAUUAGGGCGAAGAAAGAAAAGGAAGUCAAAAAAGACCCGCGGAUACCCUAUUUCACUCUUCUAGAAAAAUACGCUACACCCAAGCUAUAUUGGCAAGAAUUUAAGAGGAAAUAUAAAAAGGAAUCUGAAAUGCGAGACCUGAAGCUGUCCGAUAAAGACCGGGAGAAGUGGUAUCGGGAAUAUAUUAGUCGCCUGAAACUUUCCUCUUCGACAUUGAAAUCGGAUCUUUCUGUUCUCUUGAAGUCAUUACCUUUGAGCGAGCUCAAUCGUUCUUCUCAACUCGAGAACCUUCCUUCUGCCCUCCUCAGCGACCUCCGUUUCGUAUCUGUAUCGCCGUCUGUUCGUGAUGAGCUGAUAUCUGCAUAUAUAUCAACUCUGCCGGCUGCACCCGAACCCACAGAUCUCUCAGAAGAGGAUCAGACUGUAAAGUCGAAGGAAGCAGAAGAGCGCAAGCGGAGAGAAAAAGCGCUUCAAGCGCGUGCAAAGAAGGUCGAAGAAGACAAGAGGAGGCAGCAGAAAGAGCUUGAUUACGGCAAGGAUCGGCUUAGAGAAGAGGAGGAGCAAAUCCAACAGGCGAUGAAGUUUGGCAAGCAGGGAUUACUAAGUCAUUUGGAGACUGCACCGGAACAUGGGACAGAAAUUGCCAACGGUAACACACAGGCAUGA